GCGGCAGUGAUGGCGGCGGCGGGAACCGGACCCGGCCCGGGAGCGGGUUCCGGACCUGGCCCUGUAGCGGCAGCAAAUGCAAUAACGGCAGAAGAGGGAGAAACGAAACCGGCGACAGCGGUAGCAGCCACUCCGGCCGGAGAGGGGACGUCUGCUGCUCCGGCGACUGAGCCUAGUUCUGGAGAGGCUGAAAGCGGGGAUGCAAACUUGGUUGAUGUAAGUGGUGGUUUGGAGACAGAAUCCUCUAAUGGAAAAGAUACACUAGAAGGUACUGGGGAUACUUCAGAGGUGAUGGAUACUCAGGCAGGCUCCGUGGAUGAAGAAAACGGCCGACAGUUGGGAGAGGUGGAAUUGCAGUGUGGGAUAUGUACAAAAUGGUUCACAGCAGACACCUUUGGCAUAGAUACUUCAUCCUGUCUCCCUUUCAUGACCAACUACAGUUUCCAUUGCAACGUGUGCCAUCAUAGUGGAAAUACUUAUUUCCUCCGGAAGCAAGCAAAUUUAAAGGAAAUGUGCCUUAGUGCUUUGGCCAACCUAACAUGGCAGUCUCGAACACAGGAUGAACAUCCAAAAACAAUGUUCUCCAAAGAUAAGGAUAUUAUACCAUUUAUUGAUAAAUAUUGGGAGUGCAUGACAACCAGACAGAGACCUGGGAAAAUGACUUGGCCAAAUAACAUUGUCAAAACAAUGAGUAAAGAAAGAGAUGUAUUCUUGGUGAAAGAACACCCUGAUCCAGGAAGUAAAGACCCGGAAGAAGAUUACCCCAAAUUUGGACUUUUGGAUCAGGAUCUUAGUAACAUUGGUCCUGCUUAUGACAACCAGAAACAAAGUAGUACUGUGUCUACCAGUGGGAAUCUAAAUGGUGGAGCCACUUUUGGAGGGGGAAUUGCAGCAGGAAGCAGUGGAAAAGGAAGAGGAGCUAAGCGCAAACAGCAGGAUGGAGGGACUACAGGGACUACCAAGAAGGCCCGGAGUGACCCUUUGUUUUCUGCUCAGCGCCUUCCCCCUCAUGGCUACCCUCUGGAGCACCCCUUCAACAAAGAUGGCUAUCGGUAUAUUCUAGCUGAGCCUGAUCCCCAUGCUCCUGACCCUGAGAAACUCGAACUUGACUGCUGGGCAGGAAAACCUAUUCCUGGAGAUCUUUACAGAGCCUGCUUGUAUGAACGGGUUUUGUUAGCCCUACAUGAUCGAGCUCCACAAUUAAAAAUCUCUGACGACCGUCUGACUGUGAUUGGAGAAAAGGGCUACUCCAUGGUUCGGGCUUCUCAUGGAGUGCGGAAAGGUGCCUGGUACUUUGAAAUCACUGUGGAUGAGAUGCCACCAGACACUGCUGCCAGACUGGGUUGGUCCCAGCCUCUAGGUAACCUUCAAGCUCCCCUGGGUUAUGAUAAAUUUAGUUAUUCUUGGAGAAGCAAAAAAGGAACCAAAUUUCACCAGUCUAUUGGAAAACACUACUCUUCUGGCUAUGGACAGGGGGAUGUCCUAGGAUUUUAUAUCAAUCUUCCUGAAGACACAGAGACAGCCAAGUCACUGCCUGAUACUUAUAAGGAUAAGGCCUUGAUAAAGUUCAAAAGUUAUUUGUAUUUUGAGGAAAAAGACUUUGUGGAUAAAGCAGAGAAGAGCCUAAAGCAGACACCCCACAGUGAGAUAAUAUUUUAUAAAAACGGUGUCAAUCAAGGUGUGGCUUACAAAGAUAUUUUUGAAGGAGUUUACUUUCCAGCCAUUUCACUGUACAAGAGCUGCACGGUUUCCAUUAACUUUGGACCAUGUUUCAAGUAUCCUCCAAAGGAUCUCACUUACCACCCUAUGAGUGACAUGGGCUGGGGUGCUGUGGUAGAACACACUCUGGCUGAUGUCUUAUAUCAUGUGGAGACAGAAGUGGAUGGGAGGCGCAGUCCCCCCUGGGAACCUUGACCAUUCUUUUUUUCCAGACACAGACUUUGUGGGGAAUAAGACCAGGGUUUUUAUUUUUGUUUUCUAACUGUCAGAUAUUCUCCCAAAGAUGCUACAGAACACAGCCUCUAUUUUCAGCAAGUUAAAAGGCUGAGUAGGCUGCGGGAGACCCCUGUCCUUCAACAUUCCCUGCCCACUUCCAGUGACUCUUCUUGUUUUGUGUGCCAUAAACAACUUGUGACCCCAGGAUCCCACAAGCUCCCUGUAAAACUGGUGCUCUUCCACAUCCCUGCCAGCUGGGACUUACUACCUUACUGUUUUUUCUAAGGAGUAAAUAAUCUUGUCCAAGUAGCUAACUUAUUUAAGACAUUUCCUCCUGUGGGCAUUGACUCCAUCCCACUUGAUUUCCAUGGAGAUGUUGAACCUGUUUAUGAGAGGAGCUUAAAUCAGUGGCUGUACAUUUCAAACCAAUCUAAAAGCUAUUUCCUUUUGGUGUGGGUUUGGUUAUUAAUUUUGAAAUAACUUUUUCAAUACUGGGAUCUCUGAAACUCCUGGGUCUCUAGAACUGUAAUGUUGAAAUAAACUUGCCUGCAGCUUUAACACAAUUAGAACUAUUCCCCAAUAAAACUUGUUUCCAGGUUUGUGAGGUACUUGGCUUCCCUUCAGGUUGGGUUCCUCUCAGUGACAAUGUCAGAAAUGUGGGUAAUAUGAGGAAGGGGAGCCAGCACUGGAAGGAAGAGUUAGGUUUCUGAUUUAUAUCUUAACCCCUCUUCUAUUGCUGCUCCUAUUCUCAACAGCCAAAUCAAGUCUCCCCUUUGUCCUACUAAAAUUACAAUCUUGGAAUGAACAGGAGUUUACAAGGUCUGUAAUAGUCCCCCCCUCCAGCUCUUCUUUUUGAACAUGAUGUUGGGGGCUGGGGAUAUGACUCACGUGGUAGAGUGCUUGCCUCACAUGCACAAGGCCCUGGGUUCAGUCCCCAGCACCAUCAUAAAACAAACUUUUUGAACAUGAUGUUGAUAUGUGCAUGUUCUUUUCCUGCCUUAUAUUCAUUCCUAAAAAAGUGCAGUUUUUAAACUCCUUAAAGCUAAAAGAUAAGAAUGAGUCUUCCUUUGGGGAUCCGUGUGUGUGUGUGUGUGUGUGUGUAUUUUUUUUUUUUUUUUGGUGGUGGUGGUAGUACCAGGGUUUGAAUGUUUGAAUGCAAGGGCACUUUAUCACUGAGUUACAUCCCCAGCCUUUUACAUUUCUUAUUUUGUGACAGAGUCUGAACUGCUAAGGCUGACCUUUAAGUUGUGAUCCUCUCAUUUCAGCCUCUUGAGUAGCUGGGAUUACUGACAUGUACCACCACAACUGACCCGUCUUUUUGAACAUGUCAGUGUUGUGGCAAAUGUAGUUCCCAGGAUUUCCCAAAGACUGAUGCAUGUGAAUUUCCACCUAGAUUAACAAAUAGAGCUGUUCACUAGGACAUAGGUGAUAUGUUGCCACAGCAUCAYCAUGUAUCAUGACUCUUGCUUUUCUGAAUAUCUUUUUAUUUCCCUGUUAAGAAAUUCCCCAAGUUGCCAGGCACAGUGGUGCAYGCCUAUGAUCCUAGCA